UUUAUUGAACUAUUGAUCGUAACAUGUAUCUCUUGAGUUUCUGUGAUUAUGAACAUAAGUAAUACAAAUAGCAAUCAUUUUAAUAAAUAACUAUAUAGUCAACACUACAAAGGGUAUAUUUUCAAUGACUACCGAAGCACAUGGUAAUGGUGAGCACACAGGUUCAUUUUAACUACACCGUGGUACAUUCGACUGGAAGUGAUUCGGUGUGUUGUUACGUUACUUCGUUAAGUUGGAUGCUUGAAAAUGGGGGAUUUUCAGAGUUUUAAGUUCGAGAAUUCUAUACCGGAUUUAUGUCCUGAAACACAGCUGAACUUUAGAAAGUUUCUUCAAGCUGCUGGGAUUGAAAACAUGUUAAUUAAAGAUGGCCGGAGAAUAUCAGAUACCGAGGUACUAAAUGAAAUCAGGAAAGAGGUUGCUGUGUUGUCUAUGAAUGACGAUGAUGGGCGGACCUCGUCGCUGAUUCUUGCGUGUAUCAACGGUGACGAUGAAGCUGUUAAACUGCUCAUUCUUUCGGGUGAGUGCGAUGUAAAUGAAGUUGCACCAGAUGGAGAAACUGCACUGACGUGUGCCAUAUCCUCGAAUGCUGUGCGGAUUGUGGAGAUGUUGUUAAAACAUGGGUCUGAUCCAAACUUUCGUGGUAAGAAAGUUGAGUGCACCCCAUUGAUGGAAGCUGCUAGUGUUGGCUAUACUGAUAUUGUGAAGUUGCUGUUGGAGCAUGGAGCAUGUGUUGCCCAAAAAUCAAACACAGGAAAUACUGCACUACAUUAUGCUGCUACUUCCGGUCACUUGGAGUGUGUUUGCCUUUUGCUACAGUACAAUAGCCCAAUGGAAGUUCAAAAUGAUACGGGUCAUACACCUUUAAUGGAAGCUACAAGUAACGGGCACGUAGACGUCGCUCGUUGCCUUAUAAAACAUGGAUGCGAUAUUAACACACAUUCAGCGGAGUUCAAGGAAUCCGCACUAACUCUGGCAAGCUACAAAGGUCAUGCGGAAAUGGUCCGUUUCCUGUUGACUGCAGGAGCCGAUCACGAACAUCGUACUGAUGAAAUGCAUACUGCUCUGAUGGAAGCUGCAAUGGAAGGUCAUGUCGAAGUUGCUCGAUUACUCCUUGCUCAUGGCGCGAAUGUGAACAUACCACAAGAUAGUUUUGAGUCCCCUCUAACUUUGGCUGCUUGUGGAGGUCAUACUGAGCUUGCACAUUUGUUAAUUGGAUAUGGAGCAGAUAUUGAAGAAGUGAAUGAUGAGGGCUAUACACCUUUAAUGGAAGCUGCAAGAGAAGGUCAUGAAGAAACUGUCGCUUUAUUGCUUGCAGUAGGUGCUGAGGUUAACGCAAGAACGGAGGAAACCCAAGAAACUGCUCUCACGCUCGCGGCAUGUGGUGGUUUUAUAGAAGUCUGUGAAAUGCUUUUAAAUGCUGGUGCUGAUAUUGAAGUUGGUGGAGUCGGUUGUUCUACUCCUUUAAUGGAAGCUGCUCAAGAGGGACAUCUAGAACUUGUCCGGCGUUUGUUGGAGCGUGGAGCAUUAGUGAAUGCAGUGACCGCCACUGGUGACACGGCGCUUCAUUAUGCAGCUGAAAAUGGGCAUGUCAAAGUUUGCGAAAAGUUGCUCGACUGGGGAGCCGUUUUUGGAGCCAUGACAGAAGGAGGACGAACUCCAUUGAUGAAGGCUGCAAGAACAGGGCAUUUGGAAGUUGUUCAGUUAUUUUUGGAGCGUGGAGUAGCGAUUGACCAGCCUACUUCACAGAAUGAUGCCAAUGCCUUGUCAUUAGCUUGUAGUGGCGGGCAUGCAAAGAUGGUAGAGUUCCUUCUUCAACAUGGUGCUGAUCCUCAAUAUCAGUUAAGAGACGGUUCUACAAUGCUAAUCGAAGCUGCUCGUUCUGGAAAUCCAGCAGUUCUGAGACUCAUUUUAGAUUAUCCUAAAUGUCUCAGUCAGCCAUCGUCCAUGCUUCCAAAUGCUUCUGUUCAGCUUGUUGCAAAUACAUUGAACCAACAUCAAACCCAACACCAGUUUUCUCAUGACCAGCGUUCUGCUUACCAAUCGCUCGUGAGUGGCGUACCUACAAUCGGCAAUGUUAUCAUGCCACCACCCCCGCCUCCUUUACCUAUUUCUGUUUCCGGAAUAGCCAACAUGGAUAUGUGCCUUGACCCAUCUCAUCCACAUUUACACCCACAAGCUCAUUCGCAUUCCUGUCAUUCACACCAACAACUUUCGUUUCAGGCCCCUUCCAGUCUUUCUACGUCAACUAAUUCUGUUCAGCCCACAACUCAUAUAAAUGCGGCACUGGCCAACGCAUAUGCUGUUGGAUGGGCGGCCGGAGCAGCUGCUUUGGUUCACCAACAGCAGCAGCAGCAGCACACAAUAAACUCAGCUAUUACCAGUUCAGUGGAUGCACCUUUGGUUAUGUGUCCUCCAGUCAGCGCUAUACUUUCACACACACAUACUUCUGGACCAUUGCAUGAUCAGAUUUUGUUGACAAACAACAAUACAUUCGAGCUUCUCCCUGGAACUUCUUUAUCGACAAAUGGAUCAUGUACUACUCUACCUACAAACUGUUCGAUUAUGGCUCACAAUGCGCAUUUAAAUUUUCAAACUGCUUCUGUCACUGCUGCUGUCGAUUCAGUUACCGGGAUAACUAGUGUUCAAACUGUGUUAACUCAGGCAACACUAGGUGCUAGUGGAACGGGACCAUCAUCUAGUACAACUAAUAGUAUUGGUAGCAUCAGUGGAGGUAGUUCAACCAGCAGUGGAAGCAGCGCUUCAUCCAUGGUUGCUGGAUCUUCAAUUGACCUUACAGAUGACUUUAGUGCUGGUCUACUGCAUUGCGAUACUAACCACGUAUUAUUUAUUUGUUUUUUCAGCGUUGAACAUAGUCCAACACUAUCACGUGUCCUACAACACGCCCACGAAUCUUCGCUAUGCAAUCAAUUAUCGGAUGCUAUAAUUUAUGAUGUAGAUGACAAGCAAUGUUCUGCUUUUCGCAAUCCCUCUGGCUCACCCGUCACUGUUGUAUCCAUGUCACCAGAGUCUAGUAAACCUAACCAACAGAUUGUAAAUGAUGUACAUCUUAAUUCUGAUUCGUCCAUAACUAAUGUUGAGAAACCCAAUGUUCAACAGGAUUCUGAUUCUAUCGAUAACAGCUUUUGCUCACAAGAAGCUGAGUCGAAUGCCGCGGCUGUAACAGAAGCCAAACGUGAAAAACAUCGAAACAAGAAACAAAGUCAACGAGCAGCAAAACGUGCAGCUGCCGAGAACAACACUCCUUUCGAUUUGGAUAAAGUCAGUAAAUCACCCAGCCCAGAAAUUCAGGAUCCUAUUAAUUCCUCAGUCUCUCCUUGUUACGCUCUUUCUCCAAGUGGAGAUAAUGAAAACUGGAACUUGCUCAUUGAGUCCCAAAGCGCACAUUUCGGUCAGUAUUUUAAUAUAGGCAAAAGUUCGAAUGCUGUCAGUGAUUCAAAUACAUGGACUGUAGUCGUACCAUCUAACAGUACACGGUCUCAACGCACUGCAGUUAGUACACACGUUUCCUCGCGUGUAGGUAAUGAGAUGGCAGAUUGGAAGACUACCAACUCUAGCAACAGUUCUUAUAAACGUCGACUUUCAAUUCCUGUUUCAAGACAUGAUAUUGGGAAAGUCAUAGGUCAGGGUGGAGCAGUUGUUAGUGCCCUAAGAAAUAUGAGUGGGAUUCAAAUAGAUAUCGAAAGUGCGCGAAGUGAUGAAGUAACAGAGCGUAUGGUAUAUUUGAAAGGUCCCAGCGAAGCUGUCCAGCGAACUUAUGAAACUAUUCAGGGACUUCUCGACGGUUCAAUUGCUGGCAAUGAUGUCCUACUGAUGUAUCACGCUUUGAAAAAGUCUUCUACUCUACCAUCUAGCAUGCCACUUUCUAGUACUGCUUUAGGCUCUCUUUCGUCCAGGUUGAAUGGUACAACUAGUGUGACAGUCCAGAGUACAAUUAAAAGCGGUUUGUCUAGUGUUAAGGUUAUCAACCCAAGUAACAGAACUCCUCGUAGAACUGGCAAAUCUGUGACUAGUCCCCUAGCUGCAAAUACCACUAGAUCUACCUCAACUCAACCAACUCCGCUGCCCGUAGUCUCAAAACCCACAAAAACACCCAUUGUUAAUAACAGUAGCAAUAUCACUUUUUCAAGCACGGCAUCCACUCUGAUUCCUUUGAUAUCUUCCGGUCUGAAAACAUCAACUUCUGGGUCAGCGAGUUGGAGUUCUAAAGUCUCAAAUACCAGCUCUUCAAAGGGCAACUUCGCUUCCGUUGCUGCAGCAGGAAUAAGUACUCAUUCAUCGCGCCUCGUUAAGCCAGUAGACAACCAAAUAGUAAAAAGUGUUCGCAGUCAGUCAAAAACUACCGUCCAAAACUUAAUGACUGCACCGGCUACAGCUUUAUCAUUAUCAACAACAACUCCUGUUUCGUUACUAUCUCUCAAUUUAUCUCCGUUUUCAUCGAGUAGCCAUAUGUUUCCAGAUUUUAUCCCAUCACUUUCUAAUGUCGGGGAUUUCUGUACUGAUUCUUUAGAUGAAGUUAGCUUUCCACCAUUGAAUCCUUCUAAAUGCACCAAAAUUACUCAAUCGAGAACAGCUACGACAACAAUAAUACCAGCAGUAACUGUGUCAAAUAUGAGGAAUCCGUCAUAUUUAUCUAACACACACGUUUCCUCUUCGUCUGUAAAUUACCCAGUCGAAAGUGUUUCAUUUGAAAUGGAUAAACUCAAGAUAAAUACCUCAUCUGGUGACUUAACAUAUAUGCUUUCCAUUAGUGUAUUUGACAGUCCCGUUUCUACCGUUCAUACAGCAUCUGUCUCAAAUUCAUUCCCCCUAACAACGCUUUCUGCCACAUCAUCAUCUAAUUAUGGACCUUUGACAGUUUCCCCUACCUGUGGAGUUGUGCAGACUUCUCAGUCGAAUACUCCAAUGGGUUCCGGUAGUACACACACUCCAGCUUAUGUUUCUACACCUCCUACAACUACAACUCAAACGAAGUCAUUUGCCAGAGCUCCGGGUUCUGAACGCAGCGCACAUCAACGAAAUGCAAAUGUAACAGCUACUUCCGUCUCUCUUGGUCUAAAUGAUUCCUUUCCACCAUCGCUUUUAUCCUUGGAUGUUAACGGUAAUUCAAAUGUUUCCGUCAACGGCGGUGCUAAUGACACUACGCUUUUCACACCAACCAAGCGGGCUAUCGCUUCGGACAUUCACAAUCCUGAUUUUCGUCAUGAUUCAAUCUCAAAUCAUUUUCGAACUGAUAGGUCAUGUGAAUGGCAAACUUCUGACCCAUCUGCAGCUCCUGCACAAUCAUCUUCUGCAUUUGUGAAGAACACUACCUUCUCAGGAGCCUCCAAUACACUAACAAUUACGUCCACUAGUGUCGGUAGUUCGGUCAUCGACAGUCACUCAGCUAUGGACUCUCUCCCAGUUGUUACAAACGUAUCACAAACGCGUGAUCCUAUCGGUUCUCUCCACUCUAUGCCAAUAUUAUGGUCUGCUUCGAGACCCGAUUUGAAUCCCAACUCAAUAAGUUUCCAGCCAUCGUUCCAGACACUUAAUCAAGUAGUACCAAACUUGAAGGCCAGUGCCGAGUCAGCUGACUCAUUAAUUCAGGCUUCCUUACUUCGAAAUGAUUUCUCCAAUCACUCUGUAUCUGAUCAAUUUCAAGAUCAAUACUCUACCCAAGGAGCUCAAUCUGGCGUCUUGCGUCAAAUGGUCACACAAGCAUCUCUCCAGAAAUCAAAUCCUGUUGGAUUAUCAUAUUUGCAGUCCGCUCAUCAACAAACUCAGAAUAGUAAUUGCUCUUCAGGUUUAAACAUUUCAAGCACGCCUAGUUUGUUGCCAACAUCCUCAGCAAAUGCUCCCCUAAAUGCGUCUUUCCGGUUCAAGCCUCCAAUGUCUGGUACCUCUGCAUAUUUAGAAUCACGACCUACAGCAUUGAAUGGUUUUCCGAGUGGUUUUUGUUCUCCAUCGACAUCUUCAAUGUCUUUGAAUAAUCAAUUUUCUUCCAUAUUCCCUAUAACUCAGCAGCAGUCAUUCCCAUUACAACAGCAACUUUCUUUAGGCCCAGGUACUAUUUCAGCCUUAAAUCAACAUACCACUAGUGGAUUGUCAACUCGUUUGGGCAACUCAUCACAUCCUAUGAUUAAUCAAACACAAUUAUCUAUGUGUUCAUCUGGUCCAGGUGGAUCUUACACUCCUCCUCCUUUUAUGACCGGUUAUGUUCAACCUAGCAUCCAACCUGUGUGUAGUUCUACGUCAGUCAUCCAUCCAAAUACAAACUAUACAUCUCAUUUGAUUAACGGUUUCAGUUCUUCAUCCCAUAUGGGAACGGUUUGUACUCCGACAGUAGGUGCUGGAGUUCCGUUAGGUAUUCCAUCAAAUACGGCGCAAGGUCCUGUUCAAAACCAACCCGUUCCUAUACAACCAAUCGGCGCUGAACGUCGCCGACAAGCCAACACUCUUACGUCUGUCACUUCUUCGAGUAUAGUUUAUCCCAAUAUGUCGAGCAAUAAUAAUCUAGCUGGGCCUGUCAACUCAGCAGCGCCAGUUGUAGCCAAUCCCUUAGCGACGAUGCAUCCACAAGCUCCUUCUCCUCAACAGUGUUCCGUUAAUUCCAAUGCUAAUAAUUUGUUAAUGGCGUUUACGAUGAAUUGGAUGCAGCAACAGCAUCAACAACAACACUCAAACUUAGUUAGUGGUGUUUCUGGGACAGUUAAUUCACCGGCUAACUGGCCUCCUCCCAUGUGGCCUUCUAACAACCUAAAUAAUAACUAUCCUGUCACCUGUCCACCCAUGAAAGUUCCUCCUUGUAAUCCGAAUGAUAUGAACAUCUAUAAUAAUUCAGCUAUUCUUCCAAACACCUUACCUGCUGUUAAUGGAGUGGCAGGACACCAGCAUCAACAAUCAAUAAUGGCCGCAGCUAUGGCGGCGAUGGCAAAUAUAUAUCCUUGGAAUAGUGGUAGUGGUAAUGGUAGCGGAAAUUCCGGUAUCUUGAGUGGGAUCCCUGGUAUAUCAACAGCUGGGUCAAAUCGUUGGGUAUGUCCUCAAGUUAGCACUGCGUUCCCUGGUGUCAAUCCAUCGACUCCGCAACCGUACUACCAAGAACAAUAUCCUACAGUAAAGCCUAGUGGUGGUAAUUAGUUAUUGAUUCUGUUGUCAGCAGGGGUUUUCACACCACGCACUUAACAUGAAGAGGUAAUUUAAAACGUAAACUGCUCUUGACUUUUGGAUUGAUAACUCCUUACUAUCUGUUCGUUUACACUUUCGACUGAAUAAAAUGUGCUUCUAUUCUUGUUUAUUCAUUUCUGCGAAAUGUAGUUAAUAAAUUUAGCGAAUUGAAAGGUCGUUCAUAAUAUUAUGACUAAAAUGAUCAGGAUUAUUUGUAGUUAUGUUUGUUAUCAGUAUCGAUUUUCUACUUGCUCUCUCUUUGCGUUCUGUGUAUUUGUCGUGUUUAGAUUUCAGGGUUGUCUCCCGGUUGCAAAGUAGUCGUUUACAUUGUUAGCAUGUUAUAUAUAUAUAUAUAUAUAUAUAUAUAUAUAUAUAUAUUCAAGCUUAAAAACAGCUUUUUGUUUGAAAUCGAUCCGAUACAUUUAUACCUGAUCUCUCGUUGCACAUGAUUCUUCUAAUAAUCCUAAAGUAAUCUUGGAUGUAGUUGAUUUGUCAAUCUAAUUCCUGAUAAAAUUUCUAUCAUUUGUUCCAUCUAUUCAUAAUGUUAAUUUUAGUGAGUUGUUUAAUUUCCCGCAAGUCAACUUUUUGAUGCUGCCAUUCUAUAUAAAUAAUUUUUCGAUUACAAUUUCCUUGUGUUAAACUAGUUUCAGUUGGAGGCUAUUACAUUCAAAAAUAAACCUCACUUUUGUACUGCCUCUCUAUUAAAUGCUUGUCUUUCGUACUCACCUGAUUCUGCUGUGGUUUGCGUAUUAUUAUUAUUAUUAUUAUAACUUGAACAAACUAUUAUACAUGAAUAGCAUACCUCUAUCUUAGCCGCUCUCAAAUUGUAGUGAAGUUUUUUUUAUCCAGACUGUUACUAAUUAACAUUCAUAUAACUGUAAUCAAAUCAUAUCCGUAUUACAUUUCUGAUCGUUUCCCUUUAUAACAAAACCUUCAAAUUCUCUUUUUGUUAUAAUCUGUAAUUUUGAUUACUAUGACAUCUAUGUUCUCUCAUACUACCAGUGGAUAGAUUAUAUAUAUAUAUCAUUUUGAGGGCAAAGUUAACAAUCUUUACAGGCUGUUGCAUUUUUAGCAAUUGCCAAAAUUUUCUUAGUGAACUUUAGCUUCCUCGUUUGUUUUUCUGUCCUACUACACGGUCAGUUGGUUGACGUAUCCGCGUCAGUGUAAUGUACUGUAUCAUAGAUCAAGCAUCCUACUAUUAUUUGUCCAAUGUUCUUAUUAUUAGUCGAAAAUAUAUGGGUUCGUCAAAGUGAUUUCCUUUGGAAAGUUUAUGUACCGACACUUCCACUUUUCUUUGUCGCUCUGGUCAGCUAUAUGAGUAAAUCUCAACACUUUCGUAAGUGUUGAUAAGUUCGUUUUGAAAUUUUACAGAAUUCAUUGUGCUCUCGUCGCAUUCCAUGCAGUGGAUGAAAUUGUUCACAUUGUAGAAAGAGCAUGUAUUCUAAGUUGUUUAGAUUUCCUUUGAUCGGUUCUAAAACAAUUUGUUUUCAGACUACUAACUACUUUGAUUUGAUACCAAUUGUGUAGGAGCUUAUAACAAUAAUACACCACGUUUUCAUCCAAUAAGGUACAGUUGACUGCAUUUUUGCGGCCACUUGCGAGUCUCAAUCGUGACUUCAAGGUUUUUAGAUUUUAAUAUGAGAGAAGAUUCUCUCUCUAGCCGUAGGUGUAUUACAGUGUGUAAAUUUUGACAGAUUUGUUGUUUAGCCCGGGUAAAGGAGGAGGCUUGGGCAUGGGGUGGGAAACCAACUCGCUUAAAAAACGCUUACCAGAAAAAGUAAUUAAAACCAUUUGAUCAGAACUGAGGAGAUACAAAUUGGCAUUACUCGGAAUUAGCGAAACCCAUGAGACCCAAGCUGGAGUGCAAAGGCUUGAUACGGGAGAGGUGCUGCUGUACUCUGGCCAGGAAGAAGAAAAUGCACCACAAACUCGGGGAGUUGCUCUAAUGCUGUCCAGAGAAGCACGAAAUGCACUUGCAGGGUGGGAAUCUCAUGGAUCCAGAAUUAUCGAAGCAUCAUUCAAACAAAGAAGGGGAUCACAAAUGAAUGUUAUGCACUCUCCAAUGAUAGCAACGACGACGGUAAUGAUCAGUUCUACUCGAGGCUGCAACCAAUCAUAGCUAAAUGCUCAAGAAAGGACCUCACCAUCUUGAUGGGAGAUUUAAAACGCUAACAUCGGAGUGGACAAAAUAAGAUAUAAAGAUAUAAUGAAGGGGCAUGAACUAGGAGAGAGAAACAAAAACGGGGAGAGAUUUGCAAAUGUAUGUGCAUUCAACAAUUUGAUUAUAGGCGGCACAAUAUUUCCACACAAACGCGUACACGAAGCUACAUGUGUCUCGCCGAGCCACACUACAGAGAACCAGAUAGAUCGUAUUUGUAUCAACAGAAAAUUCCGAAGGACAGUGGAACAUGUGGGAACUAGUAGAGGAACUGACAUAGUAUCACAUCACUAUGGGGUUCCUGAGAAGGUUGUCAACAUUAUCUGGAACUCAUACGACGGACUACACUCUAUAGUCGUGCUUGGAGGACAGCUGACAGGUGCGUUUCCAGUAAGGACCGGAGUCAGA